GGGGGGGGGACUGGCACCUCCUUCACUUCACCUUACGGAUAUCAAAGAAAGAAAGAAAGAAAGAAAGAACGAACAACUUUUGCUGCGUUCUUGCGACUUUGAUUCUUCCCUCCCCGCGCCGCAUCCAUCACUUCCUGCUCGGACCCGGACGGGACGGCACGGGACGGGGUGAGAGGUCAGUCCGCUCACUGCCGCAUCCCGGGACGGCGUGAUCGCGGCGCGCGGUUGCAGCGCGCCUGCAGGACGACAGCAGCGUCCCGUGCUCCCCGCGCGCUUUCCCGCUUCCUGUGGGGUGUCGAGAUUGCGUCGCGCGCAGCACGGUCCGCCGCUCGAGCUGCACCCGCUACACACAGGGGAGCCGCCCACCCAGGUCCCGCGAGCCAUGCGACAGUGGUGCCUUCCGGCCGUGGCGCCGCGCGCGGAGCCUCUCCUCGCGGGCCGACCGUCCCCUCCGCGCUCAGACUCCAGCAUGGAGAGUUGCGAGGUGGAGCCCCGCUACACCAUUGAGCAGAUCGACCUACUGCAGCGCCUGCGCCUCUCGGGGAUGUCCAAGCCCCAGAUCAUCCAGGCUCUCGAGUCGCUGGAGAGGCUCGAUCCGACACCCCAGCGGCAGCCUUGCUGCGACACGCAUGCCCCCCCGGGCUCCGCCCCACCACCCGCCGCCCCCUCGUCGUCUUCGUUCUCUUCGCUCACUUCAGCCACCACUCAGACGCCGACCCUCGACGCCUCCCUCUCGCCGAGCAACAGCUGCGAGGCCUCCUCUCCUCCGCUGUACCCGACCGGUGCGGGUCAGAAGUCGUUCAGCUACGACGCGGUCGAGGAGGACUGGGACUUGGAGGAGAAAGUGGAGGAGUACAUGAGGAGAGACAGCAGUCUGGUGAAGGAGGAGAUCAAGGCCUUCUUGAACAACAGGAGGAUCUCGCAGGCCAUCGUAGGACAGGUGACAGGGAUCAGCCAGAGCUACAUCUCACAGUGGCUGCUGCAGCAGGGCCUGGAGAUGAGCGAAUCCAAGCGGAGGUCUUUCUACCGCUGGUACCUACUGGAGCGCAACACCCCAGGAGGGUACCGAUGGAACGAGAGCCAGCACGCACAGGUGCCUCGGGUCCGAGCAGACAACCCCUGGAGCCGCCAGAGGGAGCUUCUCACUCAUCUUCUCCCGUGGUACUCCUCACACUCUGCCCAGCCAGGCUCCGCCACGUCACUGCGCCCCCUGGUGAAAGAGGAGCCCGACUGGAGGGCAGGCACCAGUCCUGGGGGAAGUGGGGCUGUCAAUGGUCCCGUGAGGUUGCGGAGAGGGAGCCGCUUCACCUGGAGGAAGGAAUGCCAGUCCAUCAUGGAGAGUUUCUUUGUAGAGAACCAGUACCCAGAUGAAGCCAAACGGGAGGAGAUCGCCAAUGCCUGCAACUUUGUGAUCCAGAAGCCAGGAUGCAAACUGUCCGAGUUUGAGAGGGUCACGGCACUGAAGGUGUACAACUGGUUUGCCAAUCGGAGGAAGGAGAUGAAGAGACGGGCCAACAUAGCAUCAGUGUCUCUCUCGCGUGUGUCCCCAGAGGCAGCCAUACUGGAGAGUCAUGGGAUUGAGGUGCAGAGUCCGAGCUGUCAAUCAAACGGAGAGGAGGUAGAGGUACCGGAGUUUGCUGAGCAGGAGGAAGUCUCCACUGAAAAGGACACUGAGGUGGACACAGGCCCUUUGGCUGUCGAGCCGGAAAUAUUGCUCAAAAGCACCCCUCCCCUUCAGCUGGCCAAUCAGGAGCAAGGAGAGUCGAAGAGGGAGGUGGCCAAUGAAGCGUGACCGUUGGGAUAUCAGGGUGUAGACUGUACUGUUGGCUUGAUGUUCCAGCCCUGAUAGCUGGAGAAGGAAAGGCCAGAGGCUGCAGUAGUGAAAUGAUGCCUCUUGCACCCCCCUAGUGGUGUGGAGACCACUAUAUAUCCUUGGUAAUUAUGCUACUAUAAAUGGCAAUAUUAAUCUCCAUAUAAUGUAUUUUAAGAGAUUUAUGGAAAAAAAAAAAUCUAUGGAGGGUAUGGAAGUUGUUAGAAGAGAUCGGGAACUAUAGAGGAAAUUAUUCCCUACAGCUACAGCCUUCAUUUUCCUAACUCAUUUCAUCAGAUAUCAGAGCGUCCACAUAAUGGCUACAACACGGAUGGUUACGUGACAUGAACUUGGAGAGAAAAUUGAGUAUGGUGUUAUGUGCAAGUUUGAUUAAUGCUGAACACUUGCCUUUGCAUGUGUUUAUGCUCUCUGAGGAGUGGGAGUUUAUCAUGAAGUACCAGAGUGCAUUCAUAGAAGAUGGACUCUCAGGUAAACAGAAAAGGGGUAAAAAAAAAAA